AUGAGUAGGACAAUAUCGAAUCGCCUUUUGGCGCAAUUGCCUCGAGCCUCGGCGAGAGGUAUACGAUUAUUCUCGCAAUCAGCAUCCAGAGGCGCAGAAGAUGGAAGCAGGACAGUACCUCCCACUACAGAAGAGGCUCUGAUGCCUCGCUCUCCUUCACUGAAUCCAGCCGCGAAUACCGAAUCCCUUCAAGUACAACCCGCUGAUUCACCACCCAAUCGUCUUGCACGGCAUUUCGGAAACUUUGUCUCCACAACUCAAAGGCAAAGACGAAACGAGCUCAGCACCAAUUUCGCCUCGGAUGGUUCAGUGACCUAUAACCAGCCCACGGCGGAGGCUGUGACUGAACCACAUCAUUUCCAUAUCAUUGCCAGCCGUCACAAUACCCACAUCACCGUCACCAACCCCAAAAGAAAUCCCAUUAUCUCGCUAUCCUGUGGAAACCUUGGGUUCAGACACUCUGCGAGAAAACACUAUGAUUCGGCCUAUCAACUGGCAACUUUUGUCAUGCAAAGAAUGCAGGACCGAGGGAUCAAUUCACAGAUCAAGGAAUUGGAAGUGGUGCUGAGAGGGUUUGGGGCUGGGAGAGAAGCUGUUACCAAGGCAUUAUUGGGAUUGGAAGGGAAGAACUUGAGGCAUAAGAUUGUCAAGGUUGCGGAUGCCACCAGACUGAAAUUUGGUGGUACGAGGAGUCCGAAGCCAAGACGUCUGGGUUGA